AUGACUGAGAGUAUGAUGGAUAACUACAAUCCUUUAUAUGAUGUCCAUUUACGUCAGUACUUUGCUCUUCCUCAUAUGAGAAGACAUUUACGCCGAAUGGGAUUGAUCCAAGACGAUGAGGGGAAAGGAGAUGAGGUCUAUCAACGUCAUCAUGCAAUGAUGGAAAUGAUUAUUAAGAAUCGUGAGACCCAAUUGAUGAAAAUGGCUGAACUGCGACGUAAGCUGGAUGCUGCUGAGAAGGUUGAAACUUGUCGUCGUAUUCGUUCCGGACUCAGUCCCGAAUCGUAUCGUCGAACACCAGCAAAGAAGGCCAGUCGAAGCUUAAGUCGAGGUCGCAGGAAUUCAGGAAAUGAAAGACAACGUCGUUUCUCAAAUAGUUAUGAUGAUAAAGAAGUUCUCACACAAUUGGAACAACAGUAUACUGAGCCAUCUGAUCAGCAUGCUCCUGCUCCUCGAGAUGCUUACAAACGAUUAUCAGCUAAUGUCAAGAAAUAUAAUUAUCUACAUAAGAUGGAUGAUCCCACAUUAAUAUCUUAUAAAGACACAUUAAAAAAGCAAUUAGAUCGUCUCGAAAGAUUCCGGGAAGUAACAUUUGGAAUUCAUUCCGUAGUACGUCAUCCUCCACCACCUCAGACGAGUUGGUUCUUCCGACGACGGUCUUUGCCCAGUCUCACCUCGUCUGCUCCAGUUAAUGCGCUCUCUGAGCCGCUGAGAAGUAUUAACAAUCUGCGUGGACGAAGACAUUCGCCACACUCUAAAUCUGAUAAUCGCACGAGUUGUCCUCCAACAACACGUAAACGAAAAGAUUCUAAUCCACGGUUCCCUCCUAUCUCAUCUAAAGGGAAAGCGGCUAAAAGCCCAGCAAAACUGCCACAACAGCCCGCUGCACGGCUUCCGCCAGCUGCGUCAAGACCAGCUCCUUCUACGCGAGGCAGAUCAGAAGCUAAGAAAGAAACACGCACUUCGAUAAAUAGAACAACUGCUUCAACCACUGCAACCAAAACGUCUGUCCUACCAGCUAUAUCAGGCGCAGCCGUUUUGGCAGGAGCUGCUACAGCCCUGGCUGCUUUUGAAGGACCCAAAAUUGAAAAUGAACCAGCGAAAAUUGAAUCGGAAGUUAAUCGGGAUGAAGUUGCAGUACUUGAAAAACAAGAACAACAAACAGUGCCGGAUGAGCCAUCACCAGCUUUUGAUUCAUCACCUCAGCCAGAGGAUGCGCCAUAUACUGAAGCGUCGGUACCACAGUCUCCAACACCGACUAAGGAUUCACCGGUUCCUACUCGGGAAACUAUACUCUCUAAGGAACGAAUCGAGGAAGUUGUCCAAACUCAACUAGGUUCCUCUUCAUCUGAGCCAAAGGAUCAAACUAAUCAUUCUGAUCAAGCUAAUGGAGACUCCGAAGACUCAGAGCCAGAAUACGCUGAGGAAGAUAGAACAGAGGAAGAAAUUGAGGAAGCCUUCGAAAGAAAAAUUGUCACCCCCAACAUGCUGGAAAAGACAAUUGAAGAACGUUCCAUAGCUCACAAUGAUUUCGACUCUCCUAUACAUGAGAGGCCUUUCAUAGAGAAAUAUAUCCGAGAGCAAAGCCCUACACCAGUUGUGGAUAGCCCAGUUAUAGUGAAUGAUAGUCCUGUCGUACAAUUACAAGAGCCUGCUGAAGAACCUAUUGAGAUCGCAAGCCCCGAAAACGUUACUUCCACUAUUGCUCAUGAUUUCACGGAGGACCAUAAUUCCUCAGCGGAGCCUGAACAACCCGAAGUUCAUAGCGAUCAGUAUGAGCAUGACGUUCGCUCAGUCCAUGAGACUGAAGACGAAAACGUAAUCACUCAGAGCUCGUACAUCCCUCAUGAGCCAGCUGUAACAACAGAAGACGUUAUUACUUAUGAAAACGAACCAGAAGCUGUUCCACAUUACGAAGAUGAGAGAAGCACCCCGAAAUCCGAGCCUGAGAUUAUUGAAACAUUAGGAGAAGACACAUCAGUGGUACAGAAGACACCCUCUCCUGAAGUUCCUGCUGUUCAGCAAUACGAAGAACAUAUAAUCGAAUCAAAUAAUUUUGAGCAUUCCCGGGAAUCACCAGAGCACGUUGAAGAACAGCAUAUUGUUGAAAGCUCUUUUUACGUCCUUGAAGACGAAAAGCCAGUGCAUGACGUCCAAAUUCCAGUUGUUAUAAGCGACGAAACCGAAAACGAACCUAUUGUCGAUAACAAUGACGUAGAAGAACACCAACCAGUAUCUCCUCAAGUUCAGCUGAGCCAACUUGAGAUGCAAGAAGUUCCAACACUCUCUAUAACUCCUCCAGACAGUAACUCAUCACCAGUCCACGAGCAUAAUUAUGCCACUUUUGAAGAAGAAGUUGUAGAUGAGAACAUUCCUCCAAUACGUCCUGUCUCACCAUUUGUUGAGAGAACAACACAUGAAAUCGAUAGUGAUGCUCCAAUGGAUCAGUCCUACCAUUAUGAGCAAACAAUGUCAAAUAGUCAGAUUUCUUCUGAGCCUGAUGAGGUUCAAUCAAAUGUUGUUGAGCACGCUUCUGAAGAAGAUGUGAGCGCUGUUCUGCGAUCUCACGCUGAACCAGUGAUUCCUGAAUUGGAUCAGUACACUACCCAAAUUCAAGAAACAGCAAUGGAGGUUAAUGACGAGCAUGUGACUAUCCACACCUUUGAGAGAUUGUCUACUCAAGACGAGAAGGAAAACAUAAUUCCUACAGAAGAUCAAUCAGAUGAAGAACCUUCUGCCUUCACCGCACACCGCAGCUCAGUACCUAGCGAUCUCGUGGCUACUGAGGACGAACACCUUACUGAUCAGAUUAAUGAGGAGACAAUGCAAAUUCCUUCAGUUCAACUUCACAUUACUCCAGCUCCUGAGCAACCUGCUGACAGUGAUGAGGAACCAGUGUAUGCAAGCGAAGCUGAACGCCGCAUGGAACAAGAAGAUGACGUCGAUGGAGACAACAUGAGUACUGACUCCAUGAUCAUUCAUGAUUCUCCUGAUGAAAUUAAUCAUAUGACAAGCUCUGUAUAUGAAGAGCGGAAUGCUUCUCCAUCUGAACACGAAUUGAAUUAUGAGGCUCAGAAGAGUUCUCAAGAGGUUCAUACAUCGGAUGAGGAGGAAGAGGAAGAUAAAGCUUCCGUUCGGGCCGCUAGCCCUCAGCAUAAAGUUCAUGAUGAAGAGUGGACACAAGGAAAUGAACAUGUGAAAGUUCAUUCAGAAGAAAUCACGGAUAAUACAAACGGACACUAUAUAAGUCAAACAGUAACACGAGUAACAACCACCAUCAAUAACAGUGAGCAUGAUGAGACCAAUAACAAUGAUGGUAAAGAUGGAAACGAAUCAACUGGUCCAACAGUCCAUAUGGAUAACCUUGAUGAUGACGAAAACAACGUUUCAAGUCUUUAA